AGAAAUCCAACAAAGAAUAUGUAACUUGUGAUAGUGCACCAGAAUUUGGCAUAGAGAGGUGAUGAUGAAGGGGAAGAGAUUUGUAUCUCUACCAGUGUUGGCAGUGUUGUUGUUGAUGCUUUUUGUGUAUUACACUACAAUCUUCAUCUUCCUCCAUGAUUGGCUCAGUUUACACACCUCACCUGGAACCUUGAAUGCCUCCAUCUUCACCCUCUUCGCCUCUCUCACCAUUUUCUCUUUCUUUGUUUGCGUCCUCACUGACCCGGGUCAUGUUCCUUCUUCCUACGUUCCUGAUGUUGAGGCCAGAGAUUCCAAUUCCCAUCAAUUUGCCAAAGAUAAUGCAGAACGGAAGAAAUGUGACAAGUGCUUUGCAUACAAGCCUCCGAGGACUCAUCAUUGCAGGGUCUGUAGAAGGUGUAUUCUGAAAAUGGAUCAUCACUGCUUGUGGAUAAAUAAUUGUGUUGGUUAUUGGAAUUAUAAAGCAUUUUUUGUUUUUGUAUCAUAUGCCACCAUAGCAAGUCUUUAUUCUAUGGUUAUAUUUAUAAGCUGCGUGUUUCAGAAGGACUGGCAACCCAUUAAGGAGAGUUCUCUUAAGAUCUAUUAUGUCUUUUAUGGAGUGAUGAUUACGGCCUUGACUAUAACGCUUUUAACUCUGUCUGGAUGGCAUGUCUACCUUAUCCUUCAUAAUAUGACAACAAUAGAGUAUUAUGAAGGAAUUCGUGCAAAAUGGCUGGCUAUGAAGUCUGGGCAGAGCUACCGGCAUACAUUCAAUCUUGGUGCAUACAAAAAUAUUACUCUGAUUUUAGGUCCAAACAUGUUGACAUGGUUAUGUCCCACUGCAGUCGGCCAUCUCAAGGAUGGAGUUAGCUUCCCCGCAUCACGCGAAAAUUGAUGAACCUUUGUGGUUCGACCAGGUCCUGAAUUAACCGCAGGUCAUGCCUAUUGGUCUUGAUUCUUGGACUUUUGAAUUAAGAGCUUCCUCAUCUAAAUUUGGUAAUCAGCAAAGGUUUGAAGAGUAGAGGUGGUUGAUCCUUUAUGCAAUCAUUGAAAAGUAAGCUUACACUAUCCUUUGAUCCUCUACAAAAGUAUUGAAUGCUGGCCUUUUACCAUCUAGACACCAUCAUAGGAUGUAGUCUUGUAGAAAAUGAAAGUUAUUUGGAGAUCAUGUAAAUCACGUAACAAAAAAUUUCUUUGAUUUUAUUCCCGAGUUCUGACAACAAAAUACGGUUCUAGCACACAUUUAGAGUAUUUGGAUUUUUGUCACAAGGGUCUUUUCAUGGUGUUAUUGGGGAGUUCCUAGACUCUAGAAAUUUUCAUUUGUAGGUUCAGCCAUACACAUACUAGUUGCAAUAUCUUUCCUUGUUAUCUUAUGAUUGAGAAAUUACCUCCAUUUUUGGAUUUCCUGUAUAUAACAUUGAAUAAGAUCAGUCCAGUUCCUGUGUCA